AUGGCGUCGAGACCAGGUCUUCUCACGGACUGGCCAUGGGCUCCUCUUGGAAGCUUUAAGUACUUGUUGUUGGCACCGCUGGUUGUGGACAGCAUCUACUCAUUUGCAACCAUACGAGAUCAAGUGAAACUUUUGAUAUUGGCCAUGGGGGUGUGGCGGAUUGUUCAUAGCCAAGUGUGGAUAAGUUUGUCGCGUUACAUGACUGCCAAAGGAACCAAGAGAAUCGUGAACAAGUCCAUAGAGUUUGACCAAGUCGACCGAGAACGAAGCUGGGACGACCAGAUCAUCUUCAACACUUUCGUUACUUACUUAGCUAAAGUGUACAUCUUAGGAACCAACAUCCUUCCCUUUUGGCGACUCGAUGGAGUGGUACUAGCCGCUCUCCUCCAUGCUGGUCCGGUUGAGUUCUUUUACUACUGGUUUCACCGAGCCCUUCACCACCACUUCCUCUACUCUCGCUACCAUUCACACCACCACUCCUCAAUCGUCACCGAGCCGAUCACUUCGGUGGUGCACCCAUUUGCGGAGCACAUUGGGUAUACACUAAUCUUGGGGAUACCCCUAGUAACGACUUUGCUAUGCGGCACGAUCUCUAUGGUCUCCCUUUUCACCUAUAUGACUUACAUAGAUUUCAUGAACAACUUGGGUCACUGCAAUUUCGAGCUCAUUCCCAAAUCUUUCUUCUCUCUUGUCCCUCCUCUCAAGUUCCUCUGCUACACUCCCUCGUUUCACUCGCUCCACCACACACAAUUCAGGACGAACUACUCUCUAUUCAUGCCAAUGUACGACUACAUUUACGGGACCAACGACAAGUGCAGUGACUCAUUGUACGAAACAUCUUUAGAUCGAGAAGAAGAGAAACCGGACGCGAUCCAUCUCACCCAUCUAACAUCUCUCGACUCUAUUUACCAUCUCCGGCUCGGCUUUGCUUCCUUCUCCUCGCACCCGCUCUCUUCACGGUUUUACGUAUUCCUAAUGAGACCCUUAUCGCUAAUCCUCUCCUUCAUUCUCACUUCUUUCUCUUCUCGAACCUUUGUCUUCGAGAGAAACCGCUUCCGUGAUCUCACCUUUCACUCCCACCUCCUUCCCAAGUUUUCCUCUAAUUACAUGUCGCAACGGCACAAAGAAGGUAUCAACAAAAUGAUAGAAGAGGCUAUUCUUGAAGCGGAUAAGAAGGGUGUGAGAGGAGAAGAAUUAAAUGGGUACGGAGAGAUGUACGUAAGGAAGCAUCCAAAGCUAAAGAUAAGAAUAGUGGACGGAAGCAGCCUUGCAUCUGAGGUGGUGCUUCAUAGCAUUCCUGUUGGGACGAAAGAGGUUCUCUUUAGAGGCCAAAUCACAAAGGUUGCUCGUGCCAUUGUCCUCUCUCUUUGCCAAAAUGGCAUCAAGGUGAUGGUGUUACGUGAGGAAGAAUAUUCAAAGCUCGCCGAAUUCUUGGAGGGGGAUUGUAAGGUUAAUCUGGUGCUCAGUGCCAACUAUUCCCCAACGAUAUGGUUGGUGGGAGAUGGGCUAAGCAAAGAAGAGCAGAAGAUGGCAAGAAAAGGAACUCGUUUUCUUCCUUUCUCUCAGUUUCCUCCUACUAAACUCCGAAAGGACUGCUUCUACCAUAACACUCCGGCUAUGAUCAUCCCCGACUCUGCCCAAAACAUCGACUCUUGUGAGAAUUGGUUGGGGAGGAGAGUGAUGAGCGCAUGGAGAGUUGGUGGGAUAGUACACGCGCUUGAAGGGUGGGAGGAACACGAGUGUGGUGAUCUCGACGUUUCAAUCGUUAAUCCUCCACGAGUUUGGGAAGCUGCUCUUAGAAACGGUUUCCAACCUCUGGUCUUGCCAUCUUUGGAGACCAAAGGGUUCAACAACUCGUACUAA